CUUUUUUUUUUUUAUCUAUUUCCUUUAACUAAUUCACAAUGCCUGUGUGUAGUUUGUGGUUCAGAGGCAUGCUUGAUUCUUAUGUGUUGCUAAGUCUCUUGCACCAUUGCAUAGCUUGCCUGAGAAGUGAAAUUUGAUGUCUCCUUUCUGCUGUUGGGGAUAAGAGAUUGUCUAUGAUGAUUACAACAUGUUUGACAUGCCUGAAAAGCGUAAAGUCACGUCCUCUUUCUUUUCCGGUUUGCAUUGAAUGUGAUAAGAAGGAACAUCACUUUAUGCUUGAAUAAGUUGGAGGAUAAAAAUGCGGCUACAUCGUCACAAGAAGAUUAAACUUUGAAGCAUAGGGUUAGCAUCCUAAAUGAGCUUAUAGAUAAAAAUGAACAAGGAGGAUUUUUAAAAUAUAGAAGGAUUGGUUUCUCUUUUUAGUGGCCGUUCUUUGGAAAGGGCUGGAUAAUCUUUUGAUUAAUUUUGUACUGGUGUAGUGUGGGUAGAGCAAUAUGCUGCUCAGAAUGGUUGCUUUCCUGGAUUUCACAGUUUUGAUCAAUUACCUGAGAGGCUAAGACUUCUUAUAAGGUUCUUCAAUUAUGCCUUUAGUGUGACGAUAGAUUAUCUAUAGGCUUCACUAGUAUUUUCUGCAAUGAUAUUGAGUGAUGAUGCUUAUCGUGUGGCAAUGCUUGAUACCUUGCCUGCACCAGGUGUACUUGCGGUAACAGUCAGUUAAACGACACUAGAGUGGGAGGGGAGGGUGAAUCAUGAAUGUUGGCAUGUCCAGCACAGUGACAGCUUCAAUUCGAGAAAGUGUACGGGAUAUGGCUAUUGGCAAAAUUAAAAGUAAUGAGAAGGCUGACCGUGCAACUGUCGAGCAGUCAUAUAUACCGAAGACACUAGAUUCGGUGAAAAAUGUGGAAGAGGACGUGAUUUGGAUAACAAGUGGGAAGGACACUGGAGACAUCUAUUACAAGAAUAUUCCCCGGUUACAUAAGGCUCUCACGAAGGAGGACGCUAAUGCUAUAGAAAAGCCGACCGAUCCUGGCAACAAUACUAAAGCUGGCGGUAGCAAGUCCAAGUCUGAUACAGAUGUAGAUGAAGAUUCAGAAGGAAAUGAGUCGGCUUCCGAAACUGAGGUGCGGGCUCCUGUUGACAAGAAGGCUGCUAGGAAGGAGAACCAAAAGAAGGUCAAAGAGGAAAAAGGGGAAGCGAGGAAAAACUAAGCCCCCAAGGCUGUGAAGAAAAGAAGGGAGAAGUUGGCCAAAGCCCAAGAGACUAGGUAGUCCUUGCUAGCCGUGGUAUUAAUAUACGUGUUUUUUGGCAUUUGUCAAUAGAGAGAGUGAGUCACCUGUUGGAUAAGUUAAUUUACCAGAUGCGGAGAUGGCUUUGCACUUUUCAGCAGUAGCCCAGUUUUAGCUGAGAGUAAAGCGAGAGGGAUGAGUUUAUGUUGUCUUGUAUUGUGUCAGGGUAUCAUUAUAAGAUGAUGUCGGUAUAUGCUUCCAAGGCAAAUUGUAUAGCAGCUUCUGUUUUUUUUUUUUUUUUGUUUUUCCGCUAGUUAUUAUAAAGAAGGAGGUCUUGGUAGGAGCUGGCUAUGAGAGCCUAUGACCUAAUCGAGUCCCGGUUCCGGUCCUCUAUCGACAGUUAGAUACCUUCUGUGAUUUUAUUAUAUAUUUUUCACAUACUUUCGGAGGUGAGAAAAUGAGUAGAUUUUAUCUGUUUGAUUGAGAA